AUGGAAUUGCAUUCGUUGAUUGCGGCUCCUCGCAACCUGAAGGAGGGAAUUGACUGGUUGGUGGCCUUGAAGGGAGAUGAUGCUGAAAACAACUUUAAAGCCAUGGCUACUGCCGUACACAAAUUCCUCGCAGACAAGCCAGUUGGUAAGAUGGAGUUGCGAGAUCUUGAGGAUGUAAAAAGCGUUUCCAAGGAGUUCCUGAUGCAACUGGAGGUUCACCACCAUCCAUAUGUAAAGGACCUGUUGACACGAUACAAUGUGGCUAUGGAUAGAAACCUCGGGUUUUUCGACAGGGCAUUUAAGGAUAUUGCCAUAAGUGAUUACGAGAAUGUCUUACAGACUCAGAGUAUUGAACCUGAAACCAUCGCAGAGAACCUUGGUAAAGUUGUUCAUAGUACCGAGAAGUUCUUGGACUACAUUAAAAGGACACGCCGCUAUAAUCGUACCUACAGCUUACAGGCGACGUGGGCUUCCUCGUGCACGCAUGACCCAGAAGUUUGCGCAGUGGUUCUCGUAGGCAUUGCACCUAUGUUGUAUGCAGGCCUGCGUUGUUUGAUUGAUGCGGCUGCAGAUGCAUUUAUGGAAGGACCGGCUUCUAUUCAGGAGCACAGUUUGAUAAGUGUUUUGGAAACUCUGGGUUACGAGGGGCAACCAAAGCGUGGUAAGGUGCGUAGUUCAGAUAUACGCAGUGCGUUGAGCGAUGUGAACAAAGAUGUAUUGAACGUGCUCUACGACCUCGCUGGCUUCUGGGCGUUCUACUGA